UUCAAUUGCCAUUUAUUUCUUGUUAUUAAAUAAAUUAAUCUUCUCUUAAUUGUUGCUCAUUUUAAUUCUAAUUAAUGUUACUUAUUAAUGUUGUUAAAUCUUCUCGCUUUUGGAUAGUAUAUUUUUCUUCGCCUCGUAUUGGAAUUAAACUCUCUCUUCUUUCUCUGAUUUUCUUUUCCAUCUGAGAUUCUCUGUGUUUAUCUUUUCACUUUUUUUUCUUCUUCUUUUUCUCCAUUGUUGUUAUUAUUGUUCUUUGUUUUUGUUUAUCUCUUUUUUUUCUCUUCUUCUCUUCUUUGUCUUCCUCUCUUCUUCUGUAAAAUACAUGAAAACAAGGAUGGAAAAAACUCUUACCAUGGAUAAUUUACCUGUUCUUGUUUUAGAAAAGAUAUUUUCUUACUUAAGUUUACCCGAUAAAUUGAAUUGUCUAACAAUUUCUAAAUCAUGGAUGAACCUUACAGCUUCAAUACUUGAUCGACAAAGUAUCCUUAAUAUAACCUCAUCUUCAUCUUGUUCAUCUUCAUCUUCGUCAACUUCAUCUUCUGCCUUUUCAUCAUUCUCUGGUUUCCCAUCGACUUCAUGUUGUCUCGAUGAUUAUCAUCAACCAAAUCGAACUGAUAUUGUCUCAUUGAGAUCUCAUUGUGAUCCAAGUUCAAUUGUUAAUUUAACCAAAUGGUGUUCCAAUUUAACUGUUAUCCGUAUAGAUGAUUAUGAUUGUUGGUCAUCAAAUUUAAAUGGUAAAGGUGGUUGGCUUGGUAUUUUAUCAUCUCUCAUCUCUAACAUAAAUCACCUUAAAUGUUUACAUUUACCUCAUUUCAGUGAUUCUUUGGCGGUUGAAAAAUGUUUACAAUUAAUUGUCGAUUCUCAUUCCCAAUCAUUAAGACAUUUAUCAAUCAAUGAUAAUAUUAGUGAGAAGACUCUUAAUUUAAUAAGUAAACGAUUGAUUAACCUUCAAUUCCUUGGUAUCUAUGGACAGGUCGUUCAAUGUCAAGGUUAUAAUGAUUGGCCCAAUCAACUGGGAACUAAAUUUAAAGGACUUCAUUUAGACCUUGGAUUUGAUGACAUAAGUAACUUUGCAAUACUUUGUCCGCUUCUUAAUCAACAAUUAACCUGCGAGCGAUUAACUCAUCUACUAUUAACAACCACAACAACCAAUUUAUUUCAUCAGAUUUGCAGUAAAUUACCUAAUCUGGAAAAAUUGACAAUCUUUUUAUCCGAUGAAACAUUCAGAUUACCUGAGACUCAUGUUCUUAAUCAUCUUGAUUCGUUAACAUUAUCCGUUUGUGUUCAAGAAACAUCAUUUGGAAACGAUGUUAGUUUAAUUAAUUUCUUGGCACCAAUUAAGAAUUUGCAAAAUCUUUCGUUGACAAACUUUUAUGUUCGUCGACACUUUUUCGAAAAUCUAAUCAACGUAACACCAAAGCUUAAAAGAUUAGCUUUAAACGAUGAAUUUACUCAACGUCGACGACCCUUAAUGGGAGAUGAUCUUCUUAAAUUAACUCGACUUCACAGUUUGACCCAUUUAAUUAUGGAAGUUAAAGAGAUUGACAUUCGACAAAACCAUGUAAUCGGCCUAUUAACCGCUCUGAAAGGUUCACUGGAACAUCUUAAAUUAUCUCAAUGUAAAAAUCUAAUGUUGGAAGAGGAUUUUAUCCGAAAUGUUUACGAUUUAACUUUACCUGGACCAGGAAGUGUCGCUAAAUCACUUGAUAUAAUCGCUGGUUACAUAAGAGACAAAAGUUUAGAAUCUAGUCAACAAACUAAUAUACAAUAUAGUUCAUUUGGAAUUCGCCUUUUGUUGAAUAGAAAAUAAUUUAUUUUCACCAAUUAACUUAAUUGCAAAGCAAUAACAAUCAUCUUUGUUAUCAUGAUAAUCUUGAGGAAACAAAAAGUGCAACUUGAAGAGUAACCAAUUCAGUUAAACGUCAUAACUAUUAAUACAUUGAACCGACUCGAAGUGCCUUGGAAAAUUAAGACACUGAUCAACUAAUAAACGAUUGAUUAAUGUUCAAAAUCAAAGUAAUCAUUGAAUGAAACUCUUAAAGUUUUAAUUGUUGCAACUAAAAAACUGACGUGAUCAUCAAAAUUAUAUGAUAAUUAUCAAUCUGUUUGCAUUUUUAUGUUUAUUUUUCUUGAAUCAAUUUUUGUUUUACUUAUGUUAAAUUACCAUGUUUUCAAAUUGUUAAUAUCAUAAACUAAUUAAUUGUUAGCUAAAUUAACUUAGUUGCUUCAAACUAUUAUCGCCUAUUAAAAGCAAUAAUUGUUAUUCACUUGA